AUCCAAGAGUACAGUCUCAUCAUUGUCCUUCAAAGUUAUAUAAUGUGUUUCCUUGUGUAUUUGACAAUAAGUCACAUCACACCAGACUUCCCUGAAUGAAAAAGUCAUUGACAAAAUGUAACAGUGUCAAUCUAAGUCCUGGACUGACUGCCAAACAGGACACUCUGACAAAUAAACAAGCUUCCAAAAUGAACCACACUUUAUAUUGCAUUCGACCCAUGAAGGAAACAGAUGGAAAGUGUUUUAGUUGAUAUCCUCUGUAACAACUGAAAUACGGAUCAUUUCUCAAGAAGCUGGAAACCGAGACAUAGAAAAAUGAAGAUUCUUCUGUUAACUGCUGUCAUCGGCUUUGCUUGCACAGAAGAGCUUUUAGAAAAAUAUCAAACCCUCUACUUAGCAGCUGAUGAUUUAAAAUUAAUAGAGGAAAAUGGACCACUAAGAAUUCAUGUACGUCAUAUUCUACAACACAAUAAUUAUGAUGAAGUGUCCAUCACAUUUUAUAUCAGGCAAAAGGAAGGAUGCCAACUCUACACACUUCUGCUUCGUAAAUUUAUUACUUUCAUCGUAAGACCAUCAUGUGAGUAUCUUAUGCUUUCAGGUGACUAA